UAUAAUUGUAAUUAACGCACUCCACAUUCUCUCAUCUCUCUCCCACUUCCCCCGUCCAUCAACACGUCGCUCCUUGUCUCUCCUUCCGUCUGCUAUGGCCGCCACCGAUGCCUGCGAUGACGCCGACUGGGCGAAGGACGCCCUUUGCAAUCCCCAUCUCGCAGCCGCAGUCAUCCUCCACUUUCGUCAGCGGAGCCGGGUUGACCCGGAUGUGGCGGGCGAUGCGAUGCCGUCCACCUCUGCGCCCACGCGGCCUAUGGAGUCUGCGCCCACGCGGCCUAUGGAGUGGGGAAGGAAGAUCAAAAGGUCACGGAUGAUGAAGAUCCCGCGGAUCUUCUCAACUUUGAGAGGAGAAGAGGAGACUGCGGAGGUGGCGGCGGACGAGGAGGAGGAGCAGUUGGAAAAGAAGAAGGGAAAGAGGCGGGCGAGUCCACAGUCGCCGCUCGAGGGGUACAGCAGUGCCUCCGCUAGCGGCGGCGACGAAAGGUCGAGGGCUGCAAGGUCCACUGGCGUCAAGGUGGUGGCGGCCACGAGCUUGUGUGCACCGGAGUCUUCGACGAAUCCAGCCUCGUGCCACGUCCGACGGCCUUCCUCAAAAAAAUUGACGAAAGUGGAACUGCAGGUUGUGCAGGUAUCUCUGCUCGAAGAGAAGGCGAAUCUACUCGAGGAGAUGGAAAACUGGCGAAGAACUUUAGAGCAACUGAGGGCGGAUAAUGACAAGCUACAGUUACUCUUCAAGUUAGCUAAGCAACCUGACACUAUCCAACAAACUGCAGGAGAGCGCCGGCCUGUCAGCCCUCCGUCUUCUUAUCAUCCUCGGAGUAAAGAUUUCAUUCUACUUCCAGACCUCAAUGAACCCUUACAGGAUUGCCGACUCUAACUUGCUCCAGCACUGAGCUGAUAGAUUUUUGACACCAUUAAGAAUUUGCUGCUACGAUUUGAAAGAAUAUGAUAAUUAAAGUCUGCAUAAUGUUUAACAUAAGAUGUCUUCUCUUGAAUGUUUGCUUGCUCUGUACGUUCGAUUGGAUAUUAAUUAUCCCAAACCAUUUGCUUGGCACCCAUUUAA